AGGAGAAUGGAGAGGGAGUCUUUCCAGCUGCGUGUCUCAGUUCAUCGAAGGAUAUGAUCAGAGCGAGAACCGAUAAUCCACUUCCUGUACGGACUCACUGUCAGUGAUGGAUUAACACUGUCGGUCACGGCUGGAGCUGCUGUUCCUGGUGGAAUAAAGUCAACGUGGUGAAUAUUUGGUGACGACUUCUCCUGCUCUGUAUGACAAGAUGGGGAACGGAUUAUCAGAUCAUCACUCGCUCUUCCCCUGCCUCCCGUCCUUCCAGGCUCUUCACAUCGUCAUUCUCGGACUGGAUUGUGCGGGCAAGACCACCGUACUGUAUCGCCUACGCUUCAAUGAGUUUGUGAACACUGUCCCAACUAAGGGCUUUAACACAGAGAAGAUCAAAGUGUCAGUGAGAGGUGGCCGGCAGACAGUGUCCUUCCACUUCUGGGACGUAGGUGGCCAGGAGAAGCUGCGGCCUCUGUGGCGCUCUUACACGCGCUGCGCUGAUGGCAUCGUGUUUGUCGUGGACUCGGUGGACACCGAGCGCAUCGAGGAGGCCAAGACAGAGCUGCACAAGAUCACACGACUGGCGGAGAACCAGGGCGUGCCAGUUCUGGUGGUGGCUAACAAACAGGACCUGAGGAACUCGCUCAGUCUGGCUGAGAUGGAGAGCAUGUUGGCUCUUGGCGAGCUCAGCAGCGCCACACCCUGGCAUCUUCAGCCUUCUUGUGCGAUCAUCGGUGAGGGGUUACAGGAAGGUCUGCAGAAGCUGCACGCCAUGAUCCUGAAGAGGAGAAAGACGCUGCGGCAGCAGAAGAAGAAGAGAUGAUGUACUAAGAGUGGGAACUAUAAAACGUGAGCUGGAUCUAAGGCUGCGUGGGAACUGUGUGCUGCAUACCGUCUGCUGGUUCAUUGUGUUUGCUGUGAAAGAGGCACAACAACUCCUGUCCAGUUUGAUCAUCCCAGUGGAACUGCUCAGGUCAGCCAGUGUUUCCCAGAGGACAGUGGGACUGGUUUUGCUCUGUGGACUUUGGAUGCCAACAUCCCUCUCAAGUCCUUCUGAAGUACAGUGACACUGAAGAGCAGCACUGACGUCUUAAAGAGGGAUGAUGAGCAAACGAUGCUUUCUGUAAUUUGUUAAAAUAUGUGCUGCUUCUCUGUUAAGAAACAAUCAGUCUUUAUAUUUUUAUUCAGUGAAAAGUACUGUUUUUACUCAAGUUGAAAUAAAAUGACUUGUGUAAAAAUACGUCCUUACAUACAAUACAUUCCCUCUGUAACGGGCACUUCGCAGCCUGUACAUGCAAAACAUACAACCACCUCCCUAUGACAUCACUAGAAUUAACGAGAAACUAGAAUUACCGCCUCGUGUAUGCCUCCACCACUAAAGUCUGUGUUGUGAGGUCACCGUGACGUUGACCUUUGACCACCAAAGUCUAAUCAGUUUGUCCUGGAGUCCAGGUGACCGUUCUUACCAAAUUUGAAGAAGUUCCUUUCAGGUGUUACGCAGAUAUCGCGUUCACAAGGCCAAAACUGCAUUUUGUGAGGUCACCACGCCCUUGACCUUUGACCAUCAAAAUCUAAUCCCGUUCAUCCCAGAGUCCUCGUGAAUGUUUGCGCCAAAUGUGAAGAAGUUCCCUUAAGGCGUUUCUGAGAUAUUGUGUCAACGAGAAUGAGAGGGACGUACAACAUAUAAACAAUAUGGCUGCUGCUCUGACUGUCGCCGGCGCGGAGGAAUAAAAAUACUAAAGACUAAAAUUACUCAUGUAAAAAUACUCAAAAAAGAACAUCAAAAAUAACGAGAGUAAGUGUAACUUGUUGAUUGCACCUGCAGUGACAGUAUCCAUGUUGCACAAUGGGAGUUUAGUCCAGAAGUUUGGCAACAGAAUUGGUAACAGACUGUAAUUUGGACCCUAUAGAAUUAUUAUUAUUCAUGACUGAAAAUUGCCUUUUUGAAGCUUAAAGUUAAACUGUGAUAAAACAUUCUGUAGUUGUCUGCUUAGCACUUAGGAGCAAAGGGAAAGAACGUGGAUACACCAAAAAAGAAUAAACAUGAUUUUAAAUUCAGUGGCUCCAUGUGGCCGUAAGAGGAGAGACUUAUUGGCUGCAGGAAGCUGUGACUUCACCAACAUAGCUCCCUGUAGACGGCUGCGGUGGAUGUGUGGAUCUGUUGAUUGACAGGCCCAUUUGGUCCAGCAGGAAUAGUCCUUGGCUGCGUGUCCAGUCGAGUGUCCGUCCUCAGAUACAUGUUGAGCAGAGCUCGGCGUCUGAAUGCACCUCACUGGUCGUUUUCUUCCACUUCAAACGGACACUGACAGAGCUCCGAUUGAAUCUGAAACUGAAGUAUUUUUACGCACAGUAAACGGGUAACAUGUUGGAGACUGUUACCAGCUUUCACUGCCGCACUCGGUGUGGCAGCGUGUUGAUAUUCAUG